AUGGCGCACCUACCGGAUACACCUCGCACAGAGGUUGGCGACACGACGCGCUUCACGGUCAACGAGCCCUCAUUUAGCAUGGAAGAGACGUUCCAUGCGCCGACAGACCGCGACAACCUCUUCAAACAGAUGAGCGGUGCCCGAACACCCCGACAGCCACUUGCUGCCCGACGUCAACUGAACGCGAAGAACGAAUUCACUCCCAUGCUGAAGAGCGCAACCGCGAAUCGGACACGCCAGGUCAACGGUCUGUUCGACGGCAAGAUUACGACGCCUGCCGCGAUGAAGCCAGGCUUCCAAGUUAGCAACACCCCGCUGCCCGAGGCGAGCACAUUCGACAUACACUCGAGUUCCUUCGCCGAUUCUGUUGAUGGGCGCACGCAGCUGCCAGAUCCCAACUCGAGUACUAUGAGCACACCCACAGCGUUACCGAGAAGGGCAGAAGGCGAAAUGGAUAAUGGCAACGGCAACGUGCUCACGCUGAGGGAGCAGGAGGCUCGUCUUGAGCAGAUCGACAAGGAGAACUUUGGACUCAAGCUUAAAAUUCAUUUCCUCGAAGAGAACCUGAAAAAGAUGGGCCCUGAAUUCAACCGACAAGCCAUGGAAGAGAACAUUAACCUUAAGUCGGAGAAGGUUACGAUGGCGCGCGAUAUAAAGAACUACUCCAAAGACCUUAAAGCCGCUGAGAAGGAGCUCGACACAUACAAGCAGCAAUUGCGGGAAUACGCCGAGAAGGUCAAGCGACGGCACGUCGAUGAAGGCAUGCGUGAAGAGAUGGAUGAGCUUCGAAGGCUGGCCGACGAACGCGCAGAGGAGGUGGAGCGUCUUGAAAGGAAGCUAGAAGAAGAGAGGGGCGCUGAUGAAGAGCUGGAGAAGGUCAAAGCAGACUUGGAACACACACAAGCGGAGCUCACGAGAAGAGAUGAGUUACUAGACGAGCAAGAAGAGCAAAUGAGGGAUUUGGAAGAGCAGCUGAAGAAUGCGCAAAACUCUCAGUCUGCUGGUGACGAGGAGAAGGACCGACAACUCAGGGACCAAGCCGAGCGCAUCGCCGACUUGGAAGAACAACUCCAAUCGGCUAAACGGUCACAAGAAGAUGAUGUGGCAGAGAAGGAGCGUCGACUGGCCGAUCAAAUCGAGACGAUUGAAGAUCUUCAAGAACAGCUCAGCGCGGUUGAGCGCGAAAAGAAUACCGAGAUCGAUGCCUUGAAGUCCAAGCUUGAUACUGCUACCGCUAGCAAGAACCAGGAAAUUCGGGAACUGAAUGAAAGCCUUGACGAAGCCGAAAACGAUCUCGAAGCCGCAGAGGAGCAAAAACGUCAUGAACUCUCUAUCAUUGAGGAACGCCUACGUUCGAUGGAGCGCGAAAAGGAUGCCGAACUCCGGGAGCUACAGCGACGCCUCCAGACCAUCCAGAACGAAAAGGAUGCCGAGAUGGAUGCUCUACGCGAACGCUUGGAGCUUGCAGAGUCUCAGGGUGACAAUCAGGUUCAAUUGGCGCAACAGUCCGCCAAUGAUGCCAGACAAAAGGUGGUUGAGAUCACUCGCGAGAAGGGCGUUGAGAUUGAACUACUGCAGUCGAGAGUUGAUGCUGCUGAAUCAAGAGCCGAUGAGCUGGACGACUUCCGCAAGCAACACCAAGACGCGAUGCAGCAGAUUGCACGUCUACAACGCGAGGCGUCCGCAUACGAACAGCAGUUGCAACAGCUUCGACGCGAUCUCAACCAGAAGGACCGCGAGCUAGACGGAUUAAAUACGCUACGACGUGAGCGCGAUGAUGCGACCCAAGAGCUUACCGGCCUUCGUUCAAAUCUAAGCAGUAAAGAUGCUCAGGUGCAGGCGCUCAACAACGCCACACGAGAACGUGACAGCCUCUCGCGCGAACUCUCAAAUCUUCGUCGCGAGCGUGACAACUUGGUCUCGAAGAUGUCGAGCAAAGACGAGCAAGUGGAGGUCUUGCGAAGAGGCAACAACGACCGCGACACCUUGGUAGCCACUCUUCGACAGGAACGUAAAGACAUCGAAAGUGAAAUGCGCAAUCUACGGUCCGCUGUGUCUGGCAGGGACACACAGAUCGAAGCACUUCAGAAGAUCACACGUGAACGGGAUGCGCUAUCUCGAGAUCUGUCAAGCUUGCAAUCAACGUUGCAAGCCCGUGAGCGUGAUAUGGCCGCCUUGCAAAAGAAGAUUGAGGCACAAGAGACAACACUCAAGGAGCUUAAGCAGCUCAGGAAUGAUCUCAGUGACAGAACACGAGAGCUAGAUACAGCGCGACGAGCAAUCUCCGACCGCGAAGCUGAGCUUGAUGCAUUACGAAGCCACGCCGACGAGCCCGAUACCCAGAUUGACGUCAUGCAGGACCUAGUACGCAAGCGUGACGAUGAGCUGGAGAACAUACGCGAGGAGUUGAACGAGCAGAGGAGUCAAGUUGAUGCCCUACAACGACUAGCAGAAGAGCGCCUGGAAGCCCUGGAAGAACUCAGAGAAAACGCCCGCCGGGAGAAGGACGACUUCGAAGCUGAGAUAGAGGUUCUGCAAGAAGACGCCGACGAAGUUGCCGAGGAGAAGGCCUCACUCGAAGAGAAGAUAACCGUUCUGGAAUCCAUGAUACGCGAAAAGGAGAACCAGAAUGGAGCUCUGCAAUCUGAGUCCCGUGCAGCACAACGCGAACAGAAGGCUGCUCUUGAGAACAAGAUUCACGAUCUGGAAUUACGAAUCCGCGACAAGGACGUUCAACAUCGCAAGCUCCUAUCCGAAGCCAAGUCGACAGCGCGCGAUCAACAGUCCGCCCUUGAGCGUCAAUUACGAGACUUGCAGUCACAUCUUCGUGAAAAGGAAUCACAGCUUCGUCUCAUACAAGCGUCGUCGAAGGCUAUCCAACAAAAGGCCAGCCAGGAUGCGAUUGAUCUCGAUGAACAGGCGGAGAACCUUACAAAACGCCAUAUCAAAGAAAUCAACGGUCUCGCCAAGCAAAUACAGUUCCUCCGCGCUCGAUGCUCGCGAGCAGAGGCGUUCCGUGAAGCCCUUGGGUACCAAAAGAAGUUCUUCUUGAUGCAGAUUCAAACUUACAAUGAAUGUAAUCAAGAAGAUCUCAAUCUCAUCUCUCAGAUGGGCAUUACUCCCGACGUCACCGUACACGAUCGUCGACCUAAGCUCAAGUCUGCGGCUAUCGCUGUUAUUGCUGCGAUCCGCAUGCAGAAGUUAGCUGAUAGUUGGGCGCAAAAUAGGAAAAUCCAUGAGCAGCUGAAAGCUAAGCUAGAGGGUAUGAGGCGGAAUAGUGGAAGGAAUGUGGGUGUGCCAACUAGCGCUAGGAAGACCGUGGGAGGCUCGCAUUUGAGGAUUGCGAGGUAG